CCAGAAACGAAGAUCUUCCCCCACUGUAUGCAUGAACGUUGUAACUUACCGUUUCUGUUUCGAGAUGACCCCGGGAAAUAGUGGGGCGGUGCUGAUGUCACAGUUCCGAUACGGAACGGAACGGCCUUGGGGGCCCUCAACAAAUUCACUUUCCUCCUUCUUCUCCUUAUCAGCAGCCGAACCAACAAACGAGCGCUGAAAUAAUUCCAACCGAGGUAGAGGUUAUUUCAUGCGUCUCCUCGUCCUCCAUAAGUAACGACAACGCGCUUGGGGAGAGAACUAGAAGCCGCCCUCUUGUAUCGGGUCGCUGAGGGUUGGUUUUCGGUUGCCUUGGGACUCGGGUCCCGGUGCUCGAACACUCAUUCACAAUGGCCACCACAAACAGCGGCAACACCGCUCACGCAAUCAUCCCCGCUCCUAUUGCAACAAACGAACAACACAUAUGCUUUAUCUGCCUGCACACUGACUCCGACACGCCCAACGCGGUAUGGGUGGACCCUUGCCCGUGCAGCCUCGAGGCGCACGAGGGAUGCAUGCUCCGCUAUAUCGCCGAGAUGGAAACCACACGUCGCCGGUCAAAUAAGAGCCCCCUGGCGUGUCCGGCCUGCAAGGCUCCCUUCGUUAUCGAAGAACCGCGCGACGCCUUUCUCGCCGUUAGAGAUAACCUGUACCGCCGGUACAGCCGGGCGUCACCCAUCUUGCUCGCCUUGUUCAUAGCCAGCGGGAGUUUUGCUGGCGCAUUGUGGUACGGCGGGAGUUCGGCCGCCAUUUUUGCGGGCCAUGACAUAUUCAUCCGCUGGCUCGAGGGAGGGGGCCGCCAACGGCUGCCCUCAACCCUGAUCAAGAUGGCGGCCCUGUCGGCCAUCGGUCCCAGCCUGUUAGUUUUCCGAUGGCUUCCAUCUCUGGGGACCAUCGUACUGCUGCCAUUCUCCGUCCUAUAUGGCGCAACUCUUGUCGCCCAGGACAAUCUUCCCUCAUGGCCUCCCUCACCACAGUGGGCCGUGACGCUCAUGCCAGUCGUGCAACUCAGCUAUGCCUACCUCUUGCAUGACCUCUUUGGACCGCUAGAGAGGCGUCUGAACCGUGCCCUGCGCGGGCUGCCCGCGACCGAGGACGAGCCCGAGCCAGCGGCCAGGCUUGCCCCUCCGAGACCUGCCGACAACGACGGGGAAGACGCUGAUGGUAUCCGGGGCGCGUUGGCUAAUCUCGUUCACGCCGUCCGCGGACUAUUCGGUGAUGAACCCGCUGACGAACCCCCUGCUGCCGGCUGGGAGGUACAUCAUCGCUUCGAGAUGAGGAUAGGCGACGGAGGCGGCGAAGACGACAUCGAUGAGGACGACGCUGACGAGGAGGAUAUUGUCGUGGACGCGCCAAACCGGGGGGCUCAACAGCAACCACAACAGCGACCACCAGUUGCCCAGCAACCCGAGCCACAAGCGGCCGAAAACCAAAAUGAUGAAGGUGGUAACGAGGGCGCGGACGAGGGCGGCAACGGAGGCGGCAACGGAGGCGGCAACGAGAACGGCGACGAAAAUAACGACGGCAUCUCCUUGUUCACCCACAUCAUCAACAACAUCGUCACGUCCCUCCUUCUCCCCGCCAUUUCGUACAGCAUGGGCGAGCUCAUACGCGCCGCCGCCCCCAAAGGAUGGGUCUCACCGGCGCGCUCCUGGCGUAGUAGGGCGCCCCCGGGGUUGCUGCAGCAGCGCUGGGGUCGCAGCUUGGCCGGCGGGUGUCUGUUUGUGGUGCUGCGAGAUGCUUUCGCGCUGUAUACCAAGUACAGGCGGGUACAAGUCCGGACAAAGAGGAAGAUCAAGAACGUGGACAGGAAGGGGCAGUCCAAGCCCCAGGGUGGGCGGCCGUGACGGGAGGUUGAUAUGGUAAUAGGGAGAAUGGCUUCAACUCCGGACUCUUGAGUCAUUAGGUGCCCCGUUAGCAGACGGACGUAAUCAACUGUAUUGUUUCGAGCAGGCCUUACUCGUGUAAGUUCACAAAAAGGAUACUGGGUAAUAGCAAAGGCUCCCGAUACGAGCCUCGGGGUCAAAUAAACCGGGCCGAUGUGAGCCUCGCCUCACCUUGAAGCUCCAAACCCCAGCACCAGGACACGCAUCUCCUCGACCGACAACAAACUAACUCUCCGAAACGAAACUGGGCAGUCAUGCACAAAGAAUGUCACAUUGUGCCGCUAUCUGUAAUGGCAACACCGCUUCCAGAGGAGCAGUCGCACCAAACUAGCUAUC